GCUACCAUGGACCAACCCCAGUUCAUGCUCUAUACGUACGACACGCCCAACGGCGUGAAAGUCUCGUCCUACCUCGAGGAGCUCAAAGAUGUCUAUGGCCUAACAUACGAGUUCCACUGUAUGAACCUCCUAGCCCACGAGCAGAAAUCGGAUUGGUUCUUAAAGCUGAACCCGAAUGGACGCGUACCCGUACUCGUGGACCGGAAGAGCAAAGCCAACAAGAGAGAAGAAUAUAUCGUUUUCGAGUCAGCGGCGAUCUUACUCUAUUUGGCGGAGAACUAUGAUACGCUGUAUAGGUAUCAUUUUGAAGAUCCUGCACUGAGGAGCGAUUCUCUCCAGUGGAUAUUCUUCUCUCACGGGGGGGUCGGCCCGAUACAAGGUCAAGCACACCAUUUUGUCCGCUACGCCCCGGUAGACAUCCCCUAUGCCAAAAAACGAUACUUGGACGAGACGAAACGCCUGUACGGGGUGCUGAACACGCGCUUAGAGGGGCGGGAGUUCCUCGUCGGGGAGGGAAAGGGGAAGUACAGUAUUGCGGAUAUGAACUGCGUGCCUUGGGUACGCUGCUGGGAAUGGGCGGGCGUGGAUAGCAUGCUGCCUUUCCCUAAUGUCGUCGCUUGGAUGCAGCGGAUUGAGGCUCGGCCCGCGUUCCAGAGAGGUGCGGAUGUUCCGUUCCAUUCUGAGCUGCCGAAGAACGAGCAGGAAGCGAAAGAGAAGAUCGAGAUGAACCAGAUUUGGCAAGGGCUGAAAUGAGCAAAAUCAGACAAGGGUCAGGAGUGUACUUGUAGACUCAGGCUGCAGGCUGCGGGAUAUCAUAAGGAAA